GGGAGGUAUAUUCUCAUAAUGCAUCAUCUCCAACAUCCAUUUUCCCAAAUACAGCUAGAUUUGCUUCAUGGAACGACACCAUGUCAAGCCCCAUGUUUGGAUAAGCUGGAUGACACACCCUAAGAAACACACAUAACAAGGUCUUCUAAAUCAUCAAAAAGGUCCACCAUCAUGAUCCCCAGCAGCACUGUUCAUUUCAGGACUGAAAUGCAUAGUGACGUUCAAAAUGGUAAUGGAGGCCAGAUUAAUAUAACACGAAUCCAAAACCAAACUAUAUAACAUUCUGGUUUGAGUUUCCAUCCCAUUUCCAAAACCUGAGAUCCACUGCAACCAUCAAAAACAAACAGAAGCAGAAACUCUGAAAAGGCUGUGCACUUUGAUCUCUGCGCUAACCAAAGACAGAGGCUCAUAAACAUACCCACCCUUUGAAGCUUAUGAUAUUGCACAGCUAAUUCCCCACCUUCCAUCCUGUCCAACGUUCUCGGUCUUAGAGCAAACAAGCUCUGGUUUGCAGAGCAUCUUUACAAGAGACAGUUAAUCUGUUUGCUUUCCUUCACCAAUCAGCCCCUAUCUCCCAACAGCUUUUGACCUGAUGUUUUCCAUUGUAAGCAAACACAUUUGUUGUUUGUACAUGCCUUCUCUAUCAAUUUGUUUUAUUUUUUGCACAUGAAUGAUUACAUGCACAUCGACUUAUUGGGCUUUCUGUUGUAAGAGUAGAACGCACCUUUACUCUUUGCCGCUAGAGGGAGCCGGUUUUCAUUCAGAAUGAAUCUAUAAAUCUUUUUUUUUUUUUUUUAAUGGUUAACUUGUUUCGGUUGUUUUCAAGUUCUGAAUAUCUGGUUGUAAGCUUGAUUGUUGAAAGCUGCACUGUGUACAGUGUAUGUAAUAAAAGAAACGAUGGCACUAAGUUAAAGUAGCGAUUGUCACUAUAAGCAGUUAUUUAAGAAGUUCACCCAAAAUAUAAAUGUAAUUCACUUAACUUACCUUUAUAUAGUUCCAUACCGGUAUGACGUUCUUUGUUCUGUGGAACACAAAUAAAAUAAAGUUGCUUGAACUUAACUGACUUUCAAAAUGUCUUAUUUUGCUGUAAAACAAUCUUGGACCAACAACAAUCCAGCUCGACUAUCAAAUGACCAGCUAAUGAGCAUCUAAAACCAGCUAGAAACCACAUUACCAUCUUAAAACGGAUUUUCCAGCGCAGUCUGUAAUUUGCCAGAUUAUUGAUUAGUUUUAUACAGCCUAAACAUAUUAAAUUGCUUUUUAGGAGAGUCGAGGUUUAAAGGUAAUAUCUUGUCGGUACGAUUCGCCUCGCGCAACAGAUCUGAAUUGGCGCCAGAACGACAGGAACAUAUUUUAAUGCUUUUUUUUUUUUUUUUUUAAGAAAACACUGUACUGAUAUACAUGAGAAAACGAUAUAUAUUCACAUUAUUGUACUGUCUCGCUAUAUAACACCUGUUUAGCGUGAUUUUGUAAUUGUAAUCCAACUUUUGACCACUUUUAACCCAUACAUGCAUGCUGUGUAACAAGACAAGAUUUAUACGUUUGAAUUUUGAAUUCAACUGAAAAGGUUCAAACCCUAAUUAGGGGGCUCAGGCCUCCCCAAACUCCCUCAUAAUUCGCACCCCCUGGUGACCCGUGCCUGCCAUCUCCAGUGAUGAGAGAAGCUGCAUGCCUCAUUUACUGAACGGAAUUGUAGUCCGCCAAAGCAGAACUCUUAAUAAACCCUGGGCUUUCACUUUUUUUGUGUCUUACAAAGAGUAAACGAGGUCUUCCCCACAGACCGUGCCACUGUUAUUAUUAUUAUUAAAAGAAGCGGUUUCGAAUCAGAUUUCUGUCCAUGUCUCAUCAAUCUUUCUGACACUGAGCGCAAUGCAUCACAAAAAGGCGGAGAUGUCACUCAACCGUGCCCGUAAAGGUGGGCGGACUGGUGUGUCCCCCCCUCUGCCAAUGGCAAAGCACCGACACAAGACCCAAAAUCCCUAAAAUCAGCAGUCAGCCCUUGGCGGGGAGCACACUCUGAAUCAGCCUGUCUCGCGCAGGAGAUGACGGACCGUGUCUCUGCGCCCGCAGCUCACCGAGCAGCAGCGUAAAGUCACGACUAAACCUCCGAAGUUCGCUUUCUCCACGCGCUCUCUUCAAUGUCACCAUGCGCAGCAUCUCAUCCUGCGGUGCACUGCUGUCAGUCUACUACCCCCAGAUCUUCCUCAUCCUCACCAGCGGCAGCUACCUGGCUUUGUCUUCAGUCGUGGCUUUGGGCGCUAACAUCAUCUGCAACAAGAUCCCCGGCCUGGCCCCCCGACAGCGCGCCAUCUGCCAGAGCCGCCCAGAUGCCAUCAUCAUCAUUGGGGAGGGCGCUCAGCUAGGCAUCAACGAGUGCCAGUAUCAGUUUCGCUACGGACGGUGGAACUGCUCUGCCCUUGGCGAGAGGACCGUCUUUGGGCAAGAGCUGAGAGUAGGUAGCAAGGAGGCUGCAUUUACCUACGCCGUCACGGCAGCAGGUGUUGCCCACGCUGUGACAGCAGCCUGCAGUCAGGGCAACCUGAGCCACUGUGGCUGUGACAGAGAAAAACAGGGCUAUCACGACCAGGAGGAGGGCUGGAAAUGGGGCGGCUGCUCGGCAGACGUCAAAUACGGAGUGGAGUUCUCCAGACGCUUUGUAGAUGCCCGAGAGAUUAAAAAAAACGCAAGGAGACUAAUGAACCUGCACAAUAACGAAGCAGGAAGAAAGGUCCUAGAGGAACGGAUGAAGCUGGAAUGUAAAUGUCAUGGCGUCUCCGGCUCAUGUACCACAAAAACCUGUUGGACGACUUUGCCGAAAUUCCGAGAGAUCGGCUACGUCCUUAAGGAGCGUUAUGCCACUGCAGUCGAGGUGGAGGCUGUGAGAGCCACGCGUUUUCGGCAACCGUCUUUCCUGCGUCUCAAGCAGUCCCGUGGGUACAUAAAGCCCACCGACACAGACUUGGUUUACUUGGAGCGCUCGCCCAACUAUUGUGAGGAGGACGCUGCCACGGGGAGCGCAGGAACGAGAGGGCGGCUGUGUAACCACACGUCUCCUCACGCGGACGGCUGCAACCUGAUGUGCUGCGGCCGAGGCCACAACACCCAUCAGUACACACGCGUGUGGCAGUGCAACUGCAAGUUCCAGUGGUGCUGCUUCGUUAAGUGUAACACCUGCAGUGAAAAGACGGAGGUGUUUACCUGUAAAUGAGCGAGUGGUAGAGUUAAACAGACAAGAAAGAAAGUCGAGAAGCCAAUGGAAAGAAAGAGGAAGUCUUUUAAACAGAAAUUGAAGUGGCUUCGUUUGCACAUCAGGCAGUCUUUAUGCAAGAAAGCCCCGCUGAAGAAGACUGGGAUGAAUAAUGAAGAUGCCGCAACUUCAGAGGAAAAUGCACUGACCUCAGACAGACUUUUUGUGAAUUCAUGCAAACAUAUUGACGCUACAUAUGCAGUGCAAGGCUUUUGUAAACCUCAGAUUCUCAUAGACUUGAGAAAGUCAGCUGGGGCCUGUCCUAAGGACCACAUAUUGACUCAAUACUCCUAUUGGACAGUCUGAACUGCCCACAAAAGUCAUCUUUUUCAAAAUAAGGCAAGAAGAACUUGUAAAAUGUCCCACCAGCUGAGCCCUAAUGGUAGUUCAUGAGGAGAAAUGUGCUGCAAUUUUGCAACUCUGGAAACGCUGGAAAGCUUCAGCCACACUGUAUCUGUUUGAACACUGAAAACCAUGACCUUUUUCCCUUCUCUUUGGAGAAAAAGUCUGAAUAUGUUCAGAUGUCUCAUAACGGUACACAGAAGUAUGAACUUCUAAUGUAUUUGCUACUGAUCUGUUGCUUCCAAAACUCAACCCAAAACAGUACUGGAUAUUGCGUAUGUAAAAAGAGCUCGUUUUGCAGUUUACAGAUAAAGUAAAAAGGGUCAACUCAUUCCAACACUUGAAACUAUCAUUUUGGUAAAUACGUUGCCAAUUGCUGCACUGGUGAGCUUUAAGUAAACGAAAAACCAUUUGUCUUUUUUAUGAGAAGAGAAGCUUCCUUAGUCAUCUAUAAAGACUUGGCCAUGUAUGCUGCAAUGCUCUAAACGGGAGUGUGUAAACGUGUGGGAACGAAAGAGAGAGAGCUUUUACAUGCUUAAUAGAAAUGCGAGCCACCACCGCUUGAGUGACCAAACCAUUCCCACGAAUGCCAGAGACAUGGGAUUCCACAUCACUGCUCCGGCGUGCACAGGGUCUAGUUAUAUUCCGCCUGAGCCAAUGGACCAUACAGCUAUGGGUCGAAAAACGGUUGAAAGGUCACUGGAAAUAUUUUGAGUUUUUUCAAAUCUAAAUUGUUUAUACGAGUUAUAUGGCUGAUAAAUUUGUUCAAAUAUAUUUUUUUAUGUAGAGAAUAUGGCACUUUACGUCAGGUAUAUUCAGAGUAAUUAUUGAUACGGUUUUCUUUGUCAUGUUUUUAUUGUUUAAUUGCGGGUCUAUAAUUUUUGUCCCGGUCUAAUUAUGUAGUCUAAUUAUGUCUAUUUUCCUGAAUUCAAGUUUGACAUGAAACCAUCUCAUCUUUUUGUUGCCUGGAUGUAUUUAUACUUUUUUUUGGCAAAGAUUUACACUAAAAUUGCUAGAUAAAUAAUGAAUCAAACAUUUGGAUCAAAUACGUUAAACUGUGGUCAUUUGAAUUCAUCUCAUUGCUAAGCAAAAUGAUGCCAUGUUGUUAAACGCACAUCAACAUCUCGGAAAGUUCCCAGAAGCGCCGAGCGGCUCAUAGUUGUGGGUGUAGAUACUGCGAAACGCUGAUCUCGGAGGGACACAGAGCAGUUCCCGCCUGGGUUUGAAUAGGCAUCCGACCUGGCUCAUUCAUUCACCCGUCGUAUGCUCUCUGCCCCUCUGCUCUUUUUCCUGUGGGUGAAAAGCAUUGCAGGCAGCCACCGAAGCAGAAGUAAACUGGACUUGUUUUGUUAGCCGUCUGAACUGCUGGGUACCGGAACCGCGUAAGCUCCCAACACUAUACCCCGGAUUGAGAGAAAAGUCAACCCCGAUUGUUUCGCACAAACAUUUUGUCAUUAAAAAAUAUGAGGCAGAAAAAACAGGGUGUGGCGGGGAGAGCAGAGGCCUCCACAGAGGGGUAUUAAUGCGACGGGGGGUGUAUGUGUGGACCACUGAGCUCAUUCCAGAAUGGGACGGGGUGAGAUGUGAUUUUGUAAGCUAAUACUUCUGGUCUGAUCCACGUACGAAAAACCUAUGGGCAAAACCAGAUGGCCGAGAGAGCAAAAAAGUGGUGUGGGAUAAACAGAGGGAGAGAAAGACCUGAUAACUGUUUUCUGGUUGCUUUUCUAAUGCCCUGUGUAUAUUCGACUGGGCUGUAUACAAUCACAAUCAACAAGAAUCUAGGGACACUAGUUAUAUGUGUAAAGAGCAAUUUAUACUGUUUUUUGAAAGUAUGCAGAGUAUACAUUCUAUUGUAAAGAAACAAUGUCGUUAUCAAAAUUAAAUUAUUUGAUUUAUCAACAUG